AUGGCAUCAGUCGCUUCCCUAUUCUCCCUUAGCGGGCGUACUGCCCUCAUCACCGGCGGCACUCGUGGCAUCGGCCAGGCCAUGGCUUUUGCUCUGGCCGAGGCCGGCGCCGAUGUCAUUCUCGUCCAACGCGACGAGUCGAACACGUCCACCAGAGACGAGAUCAUCAACCGCUUGGGUCGCAAGGCCUACAUCCAUGUGGCCGAGCUGUCCGAUCGCAAAUCGGUCAAGGAAAUUAUUCCCACGGUGACUAGCCAAGGGCUCAAGCCCGAUAUCCUCGUUACCUGCGCUGGUAUCCAGCGGAGGCACCCAAGCCACCAAUUCCCUGAUGAGGAUUGGGACGAGGUUCUCGAAGUGAACCUCUCCGCGGUGUUCGUCCUGUGUCGGGAAUUCGGCGCCUACCUGCUAUCUCGUGACGCAUCUGAAUUCCCCUCCGGUCGCCGUGGGUCAAUUAUCAAUGUCGCUUCGCUUCUUACCUUCCAGGGUGGUAUCACCGUCCCCGCCUACGCUGCCUCCAAGGGCGGUAUUGGACAGCUGACCAAGGCGCUCUCCAACGAGUGGAUCUCCAAAGGAAUUAAUGUCAACGCUAUUGCCCCUGGAUACAUCAACACCGACAUGAACGUCGCACUUAUCAACGAUGCGGACCGCAACGCCGGUAUCAUGGCGCGUAUUCCAGCCGGUCGGUGGGGCAAGCCCGAGGAUUUCAAGGGACCGGUGGUCUUCUUGGCUAGCGACGCCAGUAGUUAUGUCUCUGGCGAGAUAGUCACCGUUGAUGGUGGCUGGAUGGGUCGGUAA